AUGAAUAUCGACCGUUUUGUCGACCGAAUUGAAUGGAAUGCGUUUGGCGUAGACGAGAACUUCAUCGGCAGUUUGAAUUCAAACGAUGCGGUGGGACUGCCUGGGGGUUUUACGCUGCAUUGCCUGCGGGGACAGGUGGAAAGCAACUACAUGACGCGACUGUCGAUUUGGAUGGACAGUGGGAAGUGUAAAAGUGGCAUGUACAGACACUACUUGUGUUUGUUUGGCAUGGAAGACAUCAAAGUGAGGUUUUAUUUGCGUUAUGUUGACUUUGACUUGUUUUUCAAAAUUUUAAAGAAAAGUUGACUUUUUACUCAGUAUGAUUUGAAACAAACAUCCCUACUGUCCACGCCAACUAAAGCGCUUCUAUACAAUGCCAUUCAAGACAAAUAACAACUACUUUUACAUGCCUUACAACUUGUUUUAGGCCAACAUCGAAGACCAACCCCACUUUUUCGCCAACAAAUUCAUGCCAUCGGUGGAUUUUGGAGCCAUCGACUGUUGGCAUCGCAUUUUAUACAAUCGAACGCAUUUUAACCGGGCCAACCGGCUGUCAAUGAGGGACUACAAGUUUGUGGACACGGUUAGGUUCAACUUUUUGAAAAAUAAUUACCCAAACUUUACUGCGCUCAAUUUUAAUUGCAAAAUUGAUAGGAAAAUGGUUGUUUAG